GGGGUCAUGCAGGAUCAUCUAACAGGAAGUCCUACGCACUACGCAGAAUCUCCCGACUUUCUCUCUUCCUCUCUCUCUCUCUCUCUCUCAACCGACUCUCGCUUCUUGCCGUUUCCGGUGGAAUUCAAGGCUACGCCAUCGGAUACAGCACUUCCGUGUCUCCUUCGUCGUCGCGGGUGGCCGGAUUUUCGCCAGAAAACGCCGAGAGAUCCCAAACUCUUUUACGACGAUUACCGUUGAAUUGAACCAUUCUUGAUAGUUGGAAAGAUGUCAGGCCAAAGCCAGCGCUUGACUGUGGUUCCCACUGUAACAAUGCUUGGGAUGAUGAAAGCUCGCCUUGUUGGUGCUACAAGAGGUCAUGCUCUUCUCAAAAAGAAGAGUGAUGCUUUAACCGUUCAGUUCCGUCUGAUUCUUAAAAAGAUUGUCUCCACAAAAGAGUCAAUGGGAGAUGUCAUGAAGACUGCGUCAUUUGCCCUAACAGAGGCCAAGUAUGUUGCUGGAGAGAACAUCAAGCAUGUUGUUCUCGAGAAUGUUCAAAAUGCAUCUCUUAAAGUUCGAUCAAGGCAAGAAAAUAUUGCUGGCGUCAGGCUCCCCAAGUUCGAGUAUUUUACUGAUGGUGAGACCAAGAAUGCCCUCACUGGAUUGGCUAGAGGUGGACAACAGGUUCAGCUGUGCCGUGCGGCUAAUGUGAAAGCGAUCGAGGUUCUUGUUGAGCUUGCUUCUCUUCAGACAUCAUUCUUAACACUUGAUGAUGCAAUCAAGACCACCAAUCGUAGGGUUAAUGCACUAGAGAAUGUUGUGAAGCCAAGGUUGGAGAACACCAUAAGUUACAUUAAGGCGGAGUUGGAUGAGCUGGAAAGGGAGGAUUUCUUCAGGUUAAAGAAGAUACAGGGUUAUAAGAAGAGGGCAAUCGAGAAACAGCGUGAAACUGCCAAGCAGUUUGCUGAGGAGCAGGUUGCAGAGAAAGUAUCUUUGCAGAAAGGGAUUUCAAUAAAUGCAGCUCACAGCAUGUUAUCUGCAGCUUCUGAGAAGGAUGAAGAUAUCAUUUUCUGAUUUGGGGGUUAGCUUAUAUGUUCUUCUCUAGAAUGUAUAGCUUUGACCGUGCUUCUCGUUUUGCCAUCAAGCCCCCCCAAACCCAAGCUGGCACUUCACCCACCCCCCCAAAAAUAAAAAAAUUUUGCAUGAUCUUUUUAAGCCCAAACCCAACCUUGGGUCCUCCUCGUUUUCCUUGCUAAUUUGGGUUAUAGAUGAAUGUGGGCAAGUGAUUUGGUGAAAGCAAAUGGCAAAUCUCGUUCAUGAUGUUUUUUAAUUUGUUUUGUUUUUAUUUGUGGGCAAUAUGUUGAUUAUCUUUUUAUUAAGCACCUUAUGUUAAUUACUUAUGUAAUGGGUUUUCUUUUGUUUU